UCUCCAAAACAAAUAUGGCGUCAAACAUCUCGUACAUAUGGAAGUGUUGAUUUUUUAUUUAAUACAAGUGCUUUAUUCGUAUUAUAAUAGUUUGAUAGCAUGGAUUUACCUAUUAUUACGCCGCAGCCGGAUACUUUUAAAGAAAAAUUUGAGUCGAUACUGGCUGUAUACGAACAACAAAAUCAAGGAUCCCAAAGAAAACCAUGGACUUCCGAAAGAAUUUCAGAGGUUAUAAACAAUGUUCGAAAGGCUAGGGUGUCCAUGGUUUUUAAGCAAGUCAGGACAUCUAUGGAUUAUUACUGGAUAUCAAAGUACGAUACUAUGGUAAUAGGUAACGAAGAUUUUUUAAUAUUUAAAAGGAAAUCUCCUGAUGACCCGACGGUGCGUAUAAUAUCUACUAGUGAAUAUUUUGCAACAUUGCAAGAAAUCCAUAAUGCAUGCGGUCAUGGUGGACGAGACAAAAUGAUACAUGCUAUCAAGUCAAGAUAUUAUAUACCAAGAAAAGCAAUAGAAAUAUUUCUUGAUCUUUGUCCUACCUGUGAAACGAAAAAGGCCUUACCCAAAAAAGGUAUAGUAACAAAGCCAAUUGUACCUCAGGAUUUUAAUAUGCGAGGGCAGGUAGAUUUGAUAGACUUUCAGUCUUGUCCCGAUGACGAGUACAAGUGGUUAUUGCAUUACGAAGACGAUGCCACAAAAUUCGUUAGCCUUCGGCCGCUUAAAACUAAAACAGAACAGGAAAUAGCAAUAGAGUUAAUGAAAAUAUUUAUGAUUUUUGGCGCACCUUACAUCUUGCAAUCUGAUAACGGACGUGAAUUCACGGAAAAUAUUAUCGAAGAAUUAACUACAAUAUGGCCUGAGUGUAAAAUAGUUCAUGGGAGCCCUAGGCAUCUUCAGAAACAGGUAGAGGUCAGUGUAGAAAGAAGCAAGCAGGAUGUCGACAAUAUGUUGAGGACGUGGAUGAAUGACAACAACUCGACAAAUUGGUCUGUAGGAUGCCAUCAUGUUCAAUAUAAAAAAAAUGUUUCAUUUCAUCACAUACUUGGAAGAUCUCCAUACAAAGCUUUAUUUGGCUGUAAUCCCAAAUCUGGACAAAAUGAUUUGGGUACACCUAUUUCAACGUUAAAACAGAAGAAGAAUAACAAAACCUCAAGCAGUGCAAGAAUUCAGUAGCAAAAACAAGCUUGUGGAUUCAGCUUUAUAGCCUGUAAAUUUAGAGAUUAAGAAGGACGAACAUAUAUGUUAUAUUGAAGUUCCUGAUCAAAUUGAAUGGGAUGCAAAUAUUGAAUUGGAGUCAUGUUAUUAUUUUUUAGUUCAUAAUGACAACAAAAACCAUACAGAAACUGAGGAGUAAGCAGACCAAGAGUCAAAGUUCACUUUUGCCGUAUGUACAAAAUGGCUGUACUGGGGCAUAUAAGUGCAGGCUAUGUGAACAUACGAUGCUUGCUAUUUAUUUAUUUCUUUGCGAUAUGUGAAUUGUUGGAUGAAGGCUACGGUUCAAAGAUUUUUAAGAAAAGUGAAUAUAAAAAACAAAAUAAAACUCUCAAAGAAACAAAACUAGCUGCCGAGAAAAUGGUAAAUAAUAUGGCAAAAAAGACAACUGGUUGAACGGUGAUUAUUAGCGUUCCUAAAGUGGACCAUAGUCCUUCAGACAUACAAAAUAUAAGAGGAGAAUUUGUUGACUUUCUGAAACAGAGUUUACAGGAAUCAUAAAAAGUUGGUUUGCAUGGCAAGAAAUGCAAUUUUCAUCUAUAGAUUACAAUGAUGAUAUUCCGACGAUGAUACAUAAUAUUUACAAAUAUUUUUAAAGGAAAUUGUGACAUGGGAAUCUUUAUUUGGCGGCCAUGGUUAUCAAAAAUGUAUUUGUAAACUAACAAAAAUAAUAAAAUCGUAGGACAGUUAAAACUGUACACUAAAUUUACAUUUUUUUAAAUACUUGGAGCGUUUACAAUUUUUACCUAUUUCUCUGCAUGCAUGUCCGGGCUAAACUCAAAAAGUACUACAUGGAUUUACUUCAAAAUUUGCAUGAAUAUUACUAACAAUUCGAAACAGCAUAUAGGCUAUAUAUCAUAACGCUAAGUCCAAUAGGAGCCGAGCAAUGUGGUAAAACCGUGGAGAAUAGCUAGUAAUAUAAGUAAAUAAAAUAUAAAAAAAUCAUAUACAUACACA